UCAUUGUCGACAAAGAAGAAACGGCCUCGCUGAUUCUUGAAUUUUUAAAGCGAGAAAAGAGCGGCAGAGUAACGUUUGUGCCACUCCAGCAACUACGUAUCCGUACUCACACGUAUCCUGAGCAUCCAAACGCAGAUCCGCUUAUUAAGUAUAUAAAGCCCAAACAUCCAUCUUUCAAGCCUGUUAUGGAACAUAUAUUUGGUAAAACGAUGCUAUGCAAAGACUUUCCUACAGCCAUCCACAUGGCCAAGUCGUUUAAGUUUGACUGUGUGCUGAUUGAUGGCGAUAAAGUCAGUCAUAAAGGCUCUCUUACUGGCGGGUUUCUGGAUGCCCGCCGGUCUCGUGUAUCUGCCAUUCGCGCGGUACAAAGCCUUAAAGAAAAGAAAAGGCAACUUAAACUGAUGCUUCAGGAAACCACCAAAUCGGUUCAAGCGGCUACUUUCAAAGCUAGUACUGUGACUGGAGACUAUGAAAGCGAGCUCACGUUGCACAAACAAGCCCUAGCAAGAUAUGAAAGAGAAAAAUUAGAGUACCGCGACAACCUUGGAAAGAAAAAAUUUUAUUUGGAAGCUUUGCAAAAUAAAAAAACCAAUCUCGAUGCACUAAUGCGCAGCACUGAUUCGCUCCAGCAGGAAAUAAAACUACUGGAAAAGGAACUCCACUCUCCAAUGGUGGCUUCCUUGUCACGUGCUGAGGAUAGUGAAUUAAUGACCCUCAAUAAGCGACUAUCCGCACUGCGCCUUCAGACUGAAAAGUGUGGAAUCGCGCGCACAGAGACGGAGGGAAGCAUGAAGGCUCUCGAAAAUGAAAUCAACUCGAAUCUUCUGAUUCGUGAAGCCGAACUUGAGCAACAUCUCCUCGAUUUGAAUUUUUCAGGUGUAGUAACUCAAGGAGAUCGACAAAGCGAGCUUCAUAUUCUCAAUACUUUUAUUGAGAAUACCAAAAGAGAACUUCAACUAAUGGAUGAUCGACUCACAAUGUUGGAUAACGAAAUUCAAGAAGUAGAAGAACUUAUCAAAGACUUGCAAGCUAAAAGUAAAGAAAUUCAAGAAGAUAUCGAAAAACAAACUCGAUCUCGCGAUCAUCUUGUAAAUAAAAGAAGCAUUUACUUAAGAAAAAAGGAAGAAACUUUAAUAAAAAUAAGGGAACUCGGCUCGUUUCCCACUAACUCUACACGUGAGUUUGCCUCGUAUACUCUUAACCAGCUCCACGAUAAACUUCAAAAGUGCAACGAAAACUUGAAAAAGUUUAGCCACGUGAACAAAAAGGCACUGGACCAGUUCAUUAAUUUUAGCGAGCAAAAAGAAACACUUCUUGAGCGUAAAAAAAAACUCAAUCAAAGCAGAAAAGCCAUCGAGAGUCUGAUUAACCAUUUGGACAAGCAAAAAGAUGAGGCUAUCCAGAGAACUUUUCGCCAAGUGCAAGAAUACUUUUCUGAAAUAUUCGCUGAACUUGCUAAAGGCAAAAAGGGGAGUGCAAGGCUCAUUAUGCUCACCGACGAAAACGAACAAAGCCAAUAUAUUGGCGUGGAUAUUGACGUCCAAUGGGGAGAAACGAACUCCCAAGUUAACCAAUUGUCCGGAGGAGAAAAGUCGGUUAUGGCUUUGGCCCUUAUUUUUGCUAUUCAGAAAGCGGAUCCUGCGCCUUUUUAUAUUUUCGAUGAAAUUGACCAGGCCAUGGACAGUGUGUACCGAUUGGCCAUUGCUGAGCGUAUAAACUCACUAAAAGAGCACAAUCAGUUUAUAGUAACCACUUUCCAUCCAGAAAUGCUCGAAUAUGCGGAUUGCUAUUACGGUAUCAAAAAUACUGGAAAUAAAAGUCGAAUUGACACGUGUCCUAAACAUGUGGCUCUCUCGCUUCUUCAAAACUAAUUCUGAAACUUUUUAUAGGAUAU